UUAUCCAAUCACAGUUGGACCGAGUGCCGUUCCAAGAUGGCGGCGUCCAUCUCGAAGUAUCAUCUUCUCACUUUCUGUUGACAAAAACAGCAGGACUGAGUCGCUUAAACAGCCCGAGUUGUUGCGAUGCAGCACCAGAAAGAGCACAGUUUUUAAACUCCACCGCUGGAGGAAGCAUGUAUUCGCUGUAGAGAAGAUGUUUUAAUGUUUAUUUAGUGAGAAAUCGGCUCUGCAGUUAUGGCCGCCGACAAUAAAAUUCAUUUCUGGAGGAGGAACGCGAAGGGUCCCGGAAGUCUGCAGCCUAUCUACGGGGCGCGGUACCCGCCUGUGGACCCUCGGGUACUCUGCUCGUUUCUAAAAGACACUCCGAAGACAAACGCUGUGAGCGUCAAAUCAAAGAAGCCAUCCACAUUCCAUGAGUUUGCACGCAGCACCAACGAUGCCUGGGACAUCGACGAUGAGGAAGACAGCGGUUUCUUCACUCCGACACAUUCCACUUCUGCUCCUGCGCAAUCACACUCCACACUCAAAGCACCUCGUCUGAAAGAGACCAAUCGUGUGACGGAUAAAGAGCCAGAGCCCCGCCCAGGGGACAGACUGGAACCAGGAAGCACAGAGAUCUGCCGAGAUCAGCAGAAGACUGACAGUGAGUCGGCCAAUGGCAGGGUGGUGAAGUCCAGCAGUGACGUCCAGCUGAACAGUAACUCAGAGCGCAGCACUCUACAGAAGCAGCAAUCUCUCCCUGUGCGUCCCAUCAUCCCUCUGGUCGCCCGCAUUUCAGACCAGAAUGCAUCUGGCGCUCCACCCAUGACAGUGCGAGAGAAAACCCGACUGGAUAAGUUCAGGCAGCUGCUGGCCAGUCCCAACACAGACCUGGAGGACUUGCGGAAGCACAGCUGGUCAGGGAUCCCGAGAGAAGUGCGCCCUAUCACUUGGAGACUUCUAUCAGGCUACCUGCCGGCUAAUAUGGAACGUAGGGAGCUGGUUCUCCAAAGGAAGCGAGAGGAGUAUUUUGGCUUCAUCGAGCAGUAUUACCACUCCAGAACAGACGAGCACCACAGAGACACCUACCGACAGAUUCACAUCGAUAUCCCUAGGACAAAUCCGCUGAUUCCAUUAUUCCAGCAGCCGCUGGUACAGGAGGUGUUUGAGAGGAUUCUGUUUAUCUGGGCGAUCCGACAUCCAGCCAGCGGCUAUGUGCAGGGCAUCAAUGACCUCGUCACUCCCUUCUUUGUCGUCUUCCUCUCUGAGUUUGUGGAGGAGGACAUGGAGAACUUUGAAAUGGCUGCUCUGCCUUUGGAAACACAACGCAACAUCGAAGCUGACAGUUUCUGGUGUAUGAGCAAGCUGCUGGAUGGAAUACAGGAUAAUUACACAUUUGCUCAGCCUGGUAUUCAGAAAAAAGUGAAGGCUCUGGAGGAGCUCAUCAGCAGGAUUGACGAGGACGUGCACCUGCACUUCCAGAAGUGUGAGGUGGAGUACCUGCAGUUCGCCUUCCGCUGGAUGAACAACCUGCUGAUGAGGGAGCUGCCGCUGCGCUGCACAAUCCGCCUGUGGGACACGUACCAGGCCGAGUCGGAGGGCUUCUCUCAUUUCCACCUGUACGUCUGUGCAGCGUUCCUCAUCAAGUGGAGAAAAGAGAUCCUCUCCAUGCUGGACUUCCAGGGUCUGCUGAUGCUUCUACAGAACCUACCCACGAUACACUGGGGCAACGAGGAGGUGGGUUUACUGCUGGCUGAAGCCUACAGACUUAAAUACAUGUUCGCAGAUGCUCCCCGUCACUACAAGAGAUGAGGAAUUUCAGAACCGAGCCACUGCUCGAGCCCAGAUGCUCAGUACUGACUCAGUGACGGACACGGUGAAGUGGCUCGACCCACUCUCUCUCUCUUUCUGUCCCGUCUGCGUGGGCGAGGCAUUUCUUUAAUCUUCUUUUACUUCAGCCUGGAUGAGUGGAAAGCCAGAAAUCCAGGCUGCUACUCAACACCGAGCUGAACAUAUGGAUGGAAUAAACCGAAGGUCAGAAGGUCCCGCACUGCAAAUGAUCUCGGAAACUUCUACAUCUCAUCCUCAGUUUUUUUUUUUUCCCCCAAACUAAUAACCAGAGACAGAGGAAGGAAAUGGAUUCCGGGCUGUUUUAUGAAAAAUAUUUUGUGUGUGCGUGUGUUUUUUUUUUUUUUUUUUUUUUAAUGAGUUUUUACAUUUUGUUCUGCUGCAAUAGAGUGAACACACUUCCUUUUUUUUUUUUUUUUCUCCAGACGAUAUUCAGUUCUGACGUUGACUGUUACCACUCCAUGAUUUGUGUGUGCUGUGUGUUUUGUUUUGUUUUCUCUUUAAUUUCUGCUGUACGGUAAUGAGACGGUAGAGUCACUGGAUCAGUUCGUCUUGCCAUCACUGGACCCAGAUGUCAGAGCAGCCAGUAGUGUAGAAACUACAGCAGCCUAUCAAAGCCAUUCGCAGCAGUCUGUGUGUUUCUUCAGUAGAAUAACACUGAAUUUUAACAAUCCCAACAGUCUGAUUUUAUAGCUAGUUUCAGACAGGCAGUUAAAUCCGAUUUUUGUUGAGCAGUCUUAAUGUAAAAAAAAAACCCCACAUCAGAUCAAAUUUAAUCCAGUGUGAUGAAUGAUACGGUCCUCGCUGACACCAUCCUUACAAAAAUACUCAAUACUCAGUUUCAAGUUGUCUUUAGCUAGCUAGCUAUCCUGGUUAUGUAUGUAAUGUUUAAAUAGCUAACCAAGGUACCUAGCUAUUUAGCUUUUAAUGUAAGGAACAAAACACGAGAGGCCAUACUCAACAGGUUGUUGUGAUAUGGCUUGCCGUGAAGUAAUUAAUUAUUUUCCAGUAAAAGUGCAUCCUCUUAUACCACAGCAAUUUGCAGACCCUGAAACUUUUGUCGGACAUUUUAUUCAUUUAUAGUCACGUGUUGUGGAACAUCCGCAAAACAAGUUACUUCCUAUCAUCACUUAUGAGACAAAAAACAUGCAGUCUCCAUCCUAAAGACUUGUCAGAAAGCUUAAAGCAACAGCUUUACCUCUGACUGUUACAAAGUGCUGACACUGGAGACUCCUUCCAUACAUGCUAAAUAAAACUCUUCUUACAAAAAAAUUUAUGUAUACAUAUCAACAAUUACACGUUUUCUCCACGUUAGUUUAUUUGUUCUUACUAAAGAAAUGAUAACGUAUUAGAAUGACAGAAAAAUUUUUCAAUACCUUCUGACCAAUCAGAUUCAAGAAUUCAGUAGAGCUGUGGUAUAAGUGUAGCUACUAGUAGCUAUUUAUGUUUAAUAUGUAUUGCUUGCUGUUCGCAAGCUAGUUAUUUUUGAUUAGCCAUCAUGCUUCCUCAGUGCAACUCUAGCUAGCUUAUUUAAUUGGAAAUUAGCACGAGCUGGCUAGCUCCGUUGUUUCGUAGCUUUGUUUUUCAUUUUUAACUGAUUAAAAAAUUGUUGUACUUCAGUCGAGCGCUUAAUUAAUACCAGUUGACUGUCAUGUGUCAAGUAGUUAACCCUGUAGGUGAGUUCAGUCAAAGUCCCGAUGAUGUCAGCUUAGUGGAGCGGACGACUGUGGCUAGCACUGCAGCUUUCUAGAUAUGCUUCUUGAAGUCAGAAUUACAACAUGAAUGAAAAACAGAUCGAGAGUAACUGAAUGGAAGUUUUCCGAUUCGAAAAACUAGCUAACUUUUGCCUUAUUCCCACUACUCAGCAUAUAAACAUCUGUGUUGUUGCUGUACAAACUAUGAGGAUGUGCAAGCAUGUGCGACUACAGUCCGUACAAAAAAAAAAGUAGAUUUGAUCUCAUGUAAUUUGCGAUGUGGACACUCAGUCUAAAAAAUCGGAUUUAAGAAAAUAAAUUAGAUUUGCCCUGCUGUCUGAAAUCUUUGAAGGUGCUGUAGCUUCGCAUAAAGCGCCUGCAUAUUGCACAAAAGAUCAAAUGAAAUUUUAAUAUUAAUAUAAAUAUUAAAAAGGGUUACGCUUCUCCUGUGGUGGAACUUCCGAAACGACUACUGAGCGCACAGACCGCUGAAGUCAGACUGUGCUGAAAUAUUAAUAAUAUGUGUGUAGCGAGCGAGUCAGUCUAAUGUGAGGUUGUGUUAUGCAAGCAGACGGUGUGGGGAAAAAAACAACCCACUCAGUCAGUAAUGCAAGCUGCAGUGUGUGGAUAGAGAAAUUAUUAAUGCAGCACAAACACAGUGCUGAAAACUGACAGGAAAAAAAAAUCCUUUUUAAACAGAUGUAGGAUCAGCUCCUUCAACCCGAAGCUUAACCUUUAUUAUUGUUAGAGAACAUCGAGAACUGAUCCAGGAUCAGUGUAUUUGAGUGCUUUUUAUUUCCCAGUCCCAGUUGUUUAUAAAUGUGAGAAUGCAAUCAGCAAUUAAUUUGUAAGUAAGCUUACUAUUUUUCUCUUACCAUAUAAAGUUAUGCUAUGUAUAAAUUGUAAUAUAUUACUGUGUAUUAUCUUUUUUUUAAAUCACAAAUUUCAGCAUUUUUGAUAGAGUGUACAGACCGGGCUCUGUUCACCUCAAGCAAUCAGUUUUCUAAUCCAAAUCCCAUUGACGGCGUUAAUAAUUGAUGAACGGCUGCCACUGUACUUUAUAUAUUAAAGUAACUGGAGUACAUGUGAAUAUAUCGAGCUGUCAGGAUCAGUUAAGAGAAAUUGCAUUAUAUUGGCUCUGCUUUCGCAGGGCAAGAAGUGAUUUAAUGUUUAAUCUGCAAGUCUACACUUCCAUAUCACCAUAACUGACGCGGUACGAUGCUGUUACCAUGUCUCGAUGUGUUUUUAAUUUUCGGUGUUGGCUGCGUAAUUUUCAGUUUUAACACCAGAAUGUUUUCCUUUUUUUUUAAUUUACCUGUGUGUCUUUUUUGUCAUUUAUAAUUCAGUGAUAACCACAGCAUAAAAUCUUUGUAACGAGAUGUUAAUUGACAUUGCAGGGAUGGACAAAUCAUAAAUUCAUUAGCUAGCCCACUGGGAACUUAAGAGCGCCAAUGUGCAGCCCAGUCUCGUGCUUUGCUGCCCAGAAGUCCGGUGAAGUAGGCUGAAAAGUGGCCACGUAAUUUAACUCAAAAGUAUGAUGAGAUAAUUAUGUGCAUUAAUACAGAUUGUGGAAAAACAGCGAGUACUUGAAUCCCUGAGAGCAGCGGCUUUACGUAGCUCUAGUUUUUAUCCUCUCCUGAGGUUCUGGUGAUGAAGCAUCGUGUUUGCCCCCUUUUACCUUAAAAAGGCAAAAAAAAAUUUUAGCUAUUUUGGCCACGAGCUGUGGUGUUCUCUCAUCUUACAUAAAGAUGUUUUUUGCAUCUGAAUAGCGUCUUCAUUUUUUGCUCAUAAUUAAUGAGGGAAAAAAAGGAAAACUUUUUUUCCUUGUUAUCGGAAAAACCACAAAGCCCUUUAUCCUGAAGACAUUCCAGUGUCGAAAAAAAGAGUUAGUUUUACUUCUGACUGAUGCAAGGUGCUGACACUGGAGACUCCUUCCAUAAACAUCUUCACCAUAUCAACAAUCUUUCAAUCAGUUUGUGUGAAUUGUCUGAAGUCACUAUGUAAGUUACUAUAGAAACGAUAACCUAUUAAAAUGAGGACAUGAAUAUGAACCUGUGAUUUGCUACUAUAAGUCCAAUCCGUGCUGAUCUAGGAAAUGUUCCAACACCUUCUGACCAAUCAGAAUCGAGAAUUCAACAGAACUCUGAUGUAUAUGCUAGCUAUGUUUAAUUUGCACUGGUUAGCUAAAUGUACCGAUGAUUCUGCUGACUCUGGAAAGAUGCUCUAGCAUCUGUUUAAGUUUAUUAAUAUGCCUAGUAAAAAUACCAGACCACGUCCUCGGUUUGUGGUGGGAUUUGGACAAGAGUAGCGCACACUACAGCAUCGAGGUGCUUUGAAAAACAAAUGGCGCGUGUUACGUUCAGACGAACAUUCCAAAUGAAAGGUAUGCCUUGCGUAAUUCAGUCGAAAGUAGUUUUUCCUUCGGUUCUGGACAAGUCAAGUAAAAAAAAAAAACUGCUGAAUAUUAUAUCAACAGUCUACUGAACCUGCAUGUACGUAUUGCUUGUACCUGCUCUCUCUCUCGUCCCACCCCCAAACACUCUCCUUGAUAAUGAUUGGUUUAAAGGGCUAAACUGGAUGGUUGGAUUUCUGAACAUGUGAGAUUUCUGUGUAUUAGGAACCUAAACAGCUUCAUAGAGACACAGUUGGUAACUGGAGUGCUGUUAUGAUUAGGAUAAUUUGUGCAGCAAAUAAACACUUUUCCCAGCUUUUCUGCUUCAAAUGAAGCAAUUCUCAGACAUCAGCACUAUUGCUGUAAUUUCAGCAAUAGAAAAUUGGCCCAAAAUUAACUAAGUGAUUUUAUAUUGUGUGAGCCAGUUAUUUCUCUCUGGGGCUGUUUGGAAGGAGAACAGACCAUUUUCUUGUUUUUAUCUAAGUGAACUGUACUGCUAUUGUGUACAGCAAAGGUAAAGCAAUGCCGUCUUUAAGAGCUGGUGUUCAUUUUUUUAUUAAAGCGUAUCAAUAGCAGGGGUUUGGAGAUAAAUCACUGAGGGGUUUCUGCAGUUCUACAGAAUGAUGUUUUUUUCCUGCUUGUGUCUUUGAGUGGAGAAACACCAAACCUCCAGAGAUUUUUUUUCCCCAUAUAAGACUAGCCUUAAUCUUUGCCCUGCUCUCCAGAUGUGAUUGGAUCAUUUUAAGGUACUUGCUAAAUGCAUCGUCUGCUCAAAGUGAUUUUAUGAUGCCUUGACAAUUUGACAAUCCCUGGCCAUGUUUGUUCCUGAAUGUGAAUGUAAAAAUAAUUUGAUGUUGCCCUGACUGACCUAGUGAUUGUUUGAAACUCAGCCUAUUUGUGUGUAAUUUUCUUUUAAAACCACACUGUGAUGUUUUUUUUUUUUUUUUUUUUUUUGAAGCCAUUAUGCCUAGGACUACAUCAUCUGUGUUAUUCAGUAAUUACUGAACGCCUGAUUUCUUUUGUGUGUGUGUUUUUUAUGAUUCCAUUGUUUACACAAAUUAAUGAUGUAAACAAAGUCAUUAGAGUUGCAAAGCCUA